AUGGGGUCGUUGAAGACCGAAGAUGAAUUGGAGAUGGAGUCGACGGAGUCGACGGAGCCAAUCUUGUACGUGAAUGGGGUUCUUCGUGUACUGCCUGAUGGAUUAGCUCAUAUGACUCUACUUGAAUAUCUCAGAGACAUAGGUUUGACAGGGACAAAGCUAGGCUGUGGUGAAGGUGGUUGUGGGGCGUGCACUGUGAUGGUCUCUUACUUUGAUCGAAAUUCGAAGAAAUGUGUAUGA